AUGUGGGCAAGAAUGAAAGAAACAAAAAAAGUUUUUGUUCGUAACAAUCGCGAAGGUGUAGAAAAAGUUUUGAGAGAACGUUAUGCAUUUUUAAUGGAAUCAAGUUCAUUAGAAUAUGAAGUACAACAAAAUUGUAAUUUAACACAAAUUGGGGGUGUUUUAGGUUCUAAAGGUUAUGGAAUUGCUUUACAAAAAGAUUCAGAAUGGACUGAUAGAAUUAGUAGACAAAUACUUUUAUAUCAAAAACGUGGUGUUAUUGAAAUGAAAAAGACAAAAUGGUGGCGAUCAAAAGGUGCUUCCUGCCACGGAGUUGGCUCUUCAGUAAAACAACAACGUAUUUCAUUGAAUUUACAAAAUGUUUCCGGUCUUUUUGUUAUCCUCUCAACAGGAUUAUUUCUUUCAAUUCUCAUUGUUGGUAUGGAAUUAUAUGUACGCAAAAAGGAGCGUUAUCAAGUUAAUGAACAAAAAUAA